GUGAACGAAUACGUAGCACAUAACUUCAGAAACAUUACACGUGUGGUCAUACGUGUGAGACUGCAGCCAGUACGGGCUUCUCAUUUGUGCUGUGUCUCUCUGUAAUCAUGCAGCGCGAGGAAGCCAGUGCAGAGGUACAAAGGAUUAAAAAUCGAGCAUUGACUUUCGCUUGUGAGAAGAUUGUGAUCACUUCCAGACAUAAAAUUGCUACGUUUCUUUGGCCGUCUUUCCAUGAUCUUAAUAUGCCUGAAAUAAAUGAAAAGCAGGAAAAUCUUAGCAAUGUGCGACAAAUGUGUGCUACUUACGCAGAUCCUUCAAGUAUUGUGUCAUCACCACCCAGAAAGAGAGAUCGUUUCAAGGAAUGGGGGAACAGAUCAUCCGCAACAGAUCAAGUAGAUCUCUACAUUUUUAUGCACCCCGGAGAUGAUGAUAUCUUAAGAGUGGUAACAGACUUGAUGAGAGAAUUUAGCAACUGGAGCAGCUUUUCAUUAACUGAACAGCAGUUACACUAUCAGCACCUUUCCAACAUGGAGAAACAAAUAAUUUACUGUCAGAAAACAGUGGAAGAUUUCUGGAAGUACUGGAGUAUGUCAUGCUCUUGCAUUACCUCCACCAAGUCAAACACCGAACCAGACGAUCGUGAUGACCUGAGUUGGUGAUGAUAUCUGUCUGCAACAAAUAAUUCUCUCAAGGCACAUGUGGAAGAUACGAAUACAGGAGCUGAAAUAAGACAAAGAUGGAGUCCUACACAUAGCCAUCCUUGUCACUGCCAAUGGAAGACACCUCAUCGGGCCUGUCUGACUGAUCCUAUCUCUGGAAGGAUGAGGGCAAUCGGUAAACAAUGUCUCAGAAUUGUACUGCAUCUCUGCUUUUGUAGUAAAAGAUGUUACAUAAUUACGAUGAUAAAGAAGUUCUGUGUAAUCAAGUUGUAUGUUACUUGACAUUAAAUAAUUUUCUAAU